AUGUCCUCCCAAAUACCAGUUAUAGUGCAGGGUCGUGUCAGCGAUCGGGCCAAGAAGACCCUUGACCUCGUCGCCAAAUUCGUCGAGGAAGAAUGCAUCCCUGCUGAUCCAGUCCUGGAAGCCCAGGUCGGGCAAGGAGACGCAAGAUGGGAUCACCACCCGUCAGUCGUGGACGACCUCAAGGUCAAGGCAAAGUCCCUUGGUUUGUGGAACAUGUUUCUCCCAAAAGGGCAUUAUAAGGAGUCUCCCGGUUUCUCCAAUCUCGAGUAUGGCCUGAUGGCCGAGUGGCUCGGCAAGUCCAAGAUUGCGUCAGAGGCAGUCAAUUGCUCGGCACCCGACACAGGCAACAUGGAGGUCCUUGCCAAGUACGGCAACGAUGCACAGAAGGCUCAAUGGUUGAAGCCCCUGAUGGACGGAGAGAUUCGCUCCGCAUUCCUCAUGACAGAACCCCAAGUUGCAUCAUCGGAUGCCAGGAACAUUGAGCUGAGCAUUGAAAAGGAAGGGAAUGAGUAUGUUCUCAACGGUCAGAAAUGGUGGUCUAGCGGCGCCGGUGACCCGAGAUGUAAGAUCUAUAUCGUGAUGGGCAAGAGCGAUGGCCAAAACAAGGACCCUUACAAGCAGCAAUCAGUGGUCUUGGUGCCAGCGGACACUCCGGGUAUCACUAUUCACCGUAUGCUUUCAGUCUACGGCUACGAUGAUGCUCCCCAUGGACAUGGCCAUAUCACCUUUAAGAACGUGCGUGUGCCGGUCACCAGUAUGGUACUUGGAGAAGGACGGGGAUUCGAGAUCAUUCAGGGACGCCUAGGGCCAGGUCGUAUCCACCACGCUAUGCGUUCUAUUGGCGCUGCCGAGAAAGCACUUGAGUGGAUGCUCAUGAGGAUCAACGAUCCCAAAAAGAAAACCUUCGGAAAGCAGCUACGAGAGCACGGCGUCAUUCUAGAGUGGGUUGCCAAGUCUCGCAUUGAAAUUGACGCUGCUCGAAUGGUUGUACUCAAUGCCGCUAUCAAGAUGGAUGACUUCGGUCCCAAGGCCGCUCUGAAGGAAAUUGCAGAGGCCAAGGUUCUGAUCCCACAAAUGGCGCUGACAGUCAUCGACCGAGCUGUGCAGGCAUUUGGAGGCGCCGGUGUCAGUCAGGAUACGCCAUUAGCAUACAUGUGGGCAGGUAUCAGGACACUGAGACUUGCUGAUGGACCGGAUGAGGUCCACCUUGCACAAAUGGGCCGUAACGAGAACAAGCGUGGUAAGGAAGUGACGGCCAAAAUACUGGCACAAAAGCAGAAGACCGACCAGCUCUUGAAGCAGUACGGCGUCAAGUACGCUGAACCAGGUUCCAAUAUUGCCAAGUCCAAGUUGUAA